CUCUUCCACCCAUUGGCUCUGUGAGGCUGUCUCAAUCCUGCUGCUGCUGCUGCUGCUGUGGCGCGGUUACUCUAAGCAGAAGUGCUGCAGCACAUUCUCUGUCAGUCCUGACAAAUCCUCCAUACUAACCGACCUAACACGUCCUGGAGCGGUUCAUAUACAUACCUUGCCGGCUUUUAGCUACCAACGUUCACCAACAGGAGGCUAUUUACAGAAAAACAAACAAACAAAACAAUACCAAAACUGAGUAAAACCCUGUAAGACCGCAUCGCUGGACUGCGCGACCGUUUGUCGUUUAACGACCAACCCCCACCGCCCCCGACGUCAGCAGUUGGAGUUUUCUGCAUGCGCGAAAAGAGGAGGAGUCUGUUCGCGAGCCAGAGGGGGAGAAGAGCAGUCGGUUGAGUCCGCGAACACAACAGUUGUAGCACAGCUCACUAGUUUCUCCGGUUCAUCUUGAGAACGUGGACUUGAUGCCUCACUGACAACACACCCCGACCGCACCGGCGCUUCACACACAGGGGUCCGCAAGAGUUGGUUUGGACACCAGCAGGUAAAAGGAGGAGGAGACGGUAUACGACGAAGCCUAAAAUCGCGGGAACAUCGCCGAACGGGGCAGAGAGUCGGUGAGUGGAGGUUGUCGACAAAUCCUGUAUUAAAUCCAUGACAAGGGACCCCUUGGCUUGAAGGCAGCAAUGGAAGUUAUUGUAACAGAAGAGAAGAAGAAGAUUUUCCGCGCCAGGAAAACCAUGAAGAUCAGUGAUCGACAGCAGCUGGAAAGCCUCCAUAGUACUUUGCUGACAGUGGCUCCAGGGUUGUCCAACCCAUCUCCACCUCCUCUGAUGAAUGGCACGCAUAAAGAGGAUGGACAAAAAGUGGGUGACAAAGAGCAAAACAACAUCCUGGACUUGAACACUCCCCAAACUACACCACCCGUCUCCCCAACGUCUCUGAGCUCUCCCGCACCGUCCCUGACCCUAAAUUUGUCACCUUCCCCUCCCUCUUCAAGUCCAAAAGCAUCUGAAGAAAACACUGCUCCCAGAUCACCAAUGGAUCCUCUAAACUUUGAACUGAAAAAGGUAGAGGAGGAUGAGAAGAAAGAUGGUACACCAUCAUCGUCAUUAAGUGAGCCUGUGACAGCAGCUAGAACAGACUGUAAGGGACAACAGGAAAAAGACAUUGAGGUGAUCCCAGCUGAGGAAAAGAAGGAGGAGGAACACACUGUAGCACAGGACCCAGCUGUGGAUUUGGCAGUGGACUCUGUGAAAGGUUCGGUUACACCUGUGCUACCUGCAGGAUCUGACUUCACAGAACCAAUGGAAACGGAUAGUGACACUACAAAGGAAACGGACCCUCAGGCUCCUGUAGCCAAAGUACCAGAUGAAAAGCUGUCUUCUCCCAGAGGUCCCACUUCAGACUCUUCCUCUUCUUCUCCCUCUCAUUCAGCUUCUUCUUGUACGGAUCGAAAACAAUCAGUGGAAAUCAAAGAUGAGGACAUAAAAGAAGAGGAGACUCACAAAGCAGAUGUGAAGAAAGGCUCAGCAUGUGAGGAAAAGAUGGAGGUAGACUCGGUGAAAGUGGAACCUAAAAAGGAAAAAACUGAGGUGGGACAAACUGCAAAGCCAUCUCGACCAUCGUCCACUCCACCAUCUGACACAGCAGUGAAAGAAGAGAGAAGCUCAACCUCGGGACUAAAACGCACUUUAUCAGAGGGCUCUGAAAAAGAUGGUCAAACUGUAAAAAUAGAGGGGAAGAGGCCCAAGAUGGAGCGUGAGGAGCUAGAGGCCCAGCUGGAACUUAAAAUUACCACAAAAGCUGGCAGUCAUCAUAAACUCGGAAAGAUUGUGCAGCAAUUAGUGGAGGAGCGAUUGAAGGUGUUGGAGCUGACCAUUUUUGACAAACAUUUUCAAGAGUUGAAGGAUAGAGUAGACAAAAUUGACUGUGCCACUAAACACCAAGCCGCCAUUAACACACUUCAAGCCAAAAUUGCCAGACUAUCAAAAAAGUUUGGAGAGGCAAAUCAGGCAUCAGAGAACAAAAGGAAACAGGAGGCGCUUGCUGCUGUUGCUGCUGCUGCCAAAACUGCAGCUGUUACAAACAACCCUCAAGCUCAGCGGCCGGGCUGGACUUCCAUGGAGGUAAAGCAGACACCCACAACUGUUUCUUCAUCCAGCACAGCUGUUGCGGUGGAGGAGUGUACCAGACGGGACAGUGACUUCUCCGAUGAUGAUGUAUCUGAAGUGGACAGUAACAUUUCCGAUGUAGAUUCUGUCGCGGAGGACAUGUUUUUGGAAGGCAAAGAUGCCAUUCUUGAUAGACAAAGUGAAGAGUUAUUAGAUCCUGCAUGGGAACCAGACACCAGAACUGCAGAAGUGCCUGAAGACACAGAUGAUGAGCAAACAUCAGAGUCAGAACCUGAUGCAGUCCCAUGCCAAGCCAGGGGUACCCAGGCAUCAAAGAGAGCCAGGAGAGGAGCCAUUACAACUGCUGCAACUGGGCAGAGGUGGUAUGAUGUUCAGACUCCUGACAUCACACCCACCCAGCCCACCUUCUGCCCCUUACGAAAUCCUGGAAGCCAGCUCAUUUCUACAGCAGAUUACAGUGCUCUGGACCUCUUUCAGUUGUUUUUCACAAAGACAGUGUUACAGACUAUAGUGGACAACACUAAUGAGCACGGGAGAGCUCACUUCAACAAACCCUAUGAGCCGUGGACAGACAUCACCCUACCAGACAUGUUUUUAUACCUGUCCAUUGUCAUUUGUAUGGGCUUUGUAAAAGCCCCUGAACUAACUGAUUAUUGGAGAACAAGCAGUCUGUACAGUUUCCCCUUUACCAAGAAGACUAUCACAAUGAAGAAGUUCCUCACCAUCUCCAGGGCUCUUCACCUCAGCAGUGCGGCUGAAGAUGAUGCUAAUGAAAGAAAAAGGGGCACACGUAAAUUUGACUGCCUGGGCAAGAUCAAGCCUCUGUAUACAGAAAUAAGAGAAGCUUGCAAGAGAAGCUACCACCCUGACCAGCACAUCUCAGUGCUCGAACAGUACAUCGAGAGCAAGCCUACUCGUGGGGGCUUCAAGCUCUUUGUUCUAGCAGAAUCCAAGACAGGGUACACCUGGGACUAUUUUGUUUAUGAGGGGAAGAGCACUGGCAAAGGACUAAGCUAUGACCCAGUGAUGAAGCUUGUAAACCCAUCUAUGCUCGGCACGGGCUACAAGCUAUACUUAGAUCAUUUCCACACAAGUCCCACCCUCUUUCUUGAUCUUUACCAGCGGAAGAUCUGGGCCUGUGGCAAAGUGAGGAUCAAUAGAAUCGGUUACCCCAAGACAAAAAUCAACGCCCUGGACUCCAAAUCUCUCCGUGGCACCAUUCGGUGGCUUCGUGAAGAUCCCCUGCUCUUUGUGCAAUGGCGUGACACCCAAGAUGCCUUCUUCUGCUCCACCAUCCACACUGCCCAUGGGACAGAGAUGGGCAAGCGCAAGAUAAAGGACAGGGAAGGACACUGGAGUUCCAAGAACAUCCUGAUUCCACCAGCUGUGAAAGACUACAACCAACACAUGGUUGGACUUGAUUUAUCUGAUCAGCUGAUCGGAUACUAUGACAUCCUCCACAAAAUGAAAAAAUGGUACAAGAGAUUCUUUUUUCAUGCUGUGGACAUCGCCAUUGUGAAUGCCUUCAUCCUGUACCAAGCCCAAUGCAAAGUCAAAGGACAGGUGCCGACGCAUCAAAAAGCAUUCAGGGAGACACUGGCUGUGGAGCUUUUAAGCGUGGGCACUCAGCAAAGCACCCCACAGCAAGAGCACCUGGAAUCACACCAUCGCCUUGUACAUAUUGCUGAUUCCGGGGAGAAAACCUCUGGAAGGCUGAAGUGCAGGAAAUGCCAUGCAAAAACUCCAGUCAAGUGUGCAACAUGCAACAUGCCCUUGUGUUUUGUUGCAAACCGUGACUGCUACAAUAACUGGCACAGAGAAAACAUGUAAAAUAAUGGUGUACCAAUAAAUAUGUAAAUAGUUGAAAAUGUUUGUGUGUUUAUUAAAAUGUUUGUUGACUAGAA